AUGCGUUCUUUUGUGAUAUUGUCAAUAUUUGCUGUCCUUAUGGCGGGCGUCUAUGCCAAUGAAGAAUCAGUUAAAUCUGAAAUUUCAAGAAGAGUCCGAAGACAACUCGGCGGCGGAGGUGGUCUAGGACAAGCCCUUGUUGCUGGAGCUCAGGCAGCUGCAAAUGUUAUUGGAGGUGGACAAGGACUUGGAGGACAAGGACUUGGUGGACAGGGACUUGGUGGGCAAGGACUUGGUGGUGGUUUCGGAAGACCAGGACUUGGUCAAGGUUUUAAUAAUGGUUUCGGAAGACCAGGUAUUGGUCAAGGAAACGGUUUUGGAAGGCCAGGUAUUGGUAACGGUUAUGGAGGACAAGGUCUUGGCGGUGGUAACGGUUUUGGAGGACAAGGUCUUGGCCUUAAUAACGGUUUUGGAGGUCAAGGUCUUGGCGGCCAAGGAUUAGGAGGCUAUGGAGUGCAGCCUGGCUACGGAGGGGGUAACUUCGGUCAACCUGGAUAUGGUAACAUAUAUGGUCGCUAA